AUGUCGCUAGAAGGAUGGGAUGUCAGGAUAGGCAACAAGUAUAAGCUCGGCAAAAAGAUUGGGGCAGGCUCCUUUGGAGAGAUUUACAUUGGAACAAAUAUAAUGAAUGGCGAAGAUGUAGCCGUCAAACUGGAGAGCGUUCGUGCGACGCACCCGCAGUUAGAAUACGAAGCUCGAGUGUACAAGACGUUGGCGGGCGGUGUCGGUAUUCCAUUUGCACGGUGGUACGGCAAAGAAGGAGAGCAUAACGUGCUGGUGAUGGAUCUGCUGGGCCCGUCUAUUGAGGAUCUGUUCAACUUUUGUAAACGUCGAUUCUCGUUAAAGACGGUGCUUCUUUUGGCUGAUCAACUGCUCUCACGAGUGGAGUACGUGCAUUCUAAAGGCUUCAUCCAUCGAGACAUCAAGCCGGACAACUUUUUGAUGGGAGUCGGAAAACGGGGCAAUCAGGUCAACAUGAUUGAUUUCGGCUUGGCGAAACGAUACCGUGAUCCCAGAACCAACACGCAUAUACCCUACAGAGAGAACAAGAACCUGACGGGCACACCACGAUACGCGAGCGUCAACACACAUUUGGGCAUCGAGCAAUCACGACGUGACGAUCUCGAGUCGUUGGGGUACAUUCUGAUCUACUUUUGCCGCGGCAUCCUGCCCUGGCAAGGGAUCCGUGCACGCACUAAAAAAGAGAAAUACGACAAGAUUAUGGAAAAGAAAAUGACAACGACCGCCGAUGUAUUAUGCCGUGGAUUGAACCAAGAGUUUGCAAUAUACCUCAACUACGUACGGUCACUGCGCUUCGACGACAAGCCCGACUAUUCCUAUCUACGCAAGCUGUUUCGAGAUCUGUUUGUGCGCGAAGGCUAUCAGUAUGACUAUGUCUUUGACUGGACGCUCAAGAAGAUGCAGGAAAAGAAGAUGGUGGAUGCGCAGCAGGCUGAACUGCGACAGCAGCAAGUACAGCAGCAACAGCAGGCACAGCCAUCACGGGCAGCAGCAGUCGGAUUACCUGCCCAUAUGCGUCAUACAGCCUCGAGCACAGCAACAACAGCAGCAGCAGACAGCUCAGGUGAAACAAGAGUAUUAUCCUCAACAAUACGGAUACGCUGUUGGUAA